AUGGCCUCUCCCCAGCCUGCAAGCCCACCUCUUGCAAAACAGUACACCCCUACUGAUCAGGAUGAAGAAAGCCAACAAGAGGAAGAGCUGGUGAUGGAUCUGCCUGCAAAAAAACGUGGCAGAGGCAGACCUCCAAAAGCCAAGCCUUCCUUCAAAUGCUCUGCAUGCACAGUCGCUUUCAAAAGUAUGUCUGCUCUGCGGGGCCACUAUUUUGCAGCUCACGCAAAGGACCAUCAGCAGCAGCAGCACACAUGUUCUCAGUGUGCCAAAACAUUCUCCCGCAAGGCUCAACUCUCAAAGCAUGAGCGCACUCAUUCAGCCCAGAGACCCUUUCAGUGCCCGGACUGCCACAAGGCUUACAAGACGCCUACAGAGCUGCGCAACCACAGCCGCUCUCACACUGGAGAGAAACCUUUUGUAUGCUCAGACUGUGGAAAGGCCUUCAUGCAAGCGAUUUGCCUGAGGAUCCAUAUGACGCAGCACAGUGGUGAGCGCCCCCACUCUUGCCAUCAGUGCUCCAAGAGCUAUCCCACCUUGUCAAAACUAAAGGUGCACAUGCGAUCUCACACGGGAGAAAAGCCGUACUUCUGCGCUGAGUGUGGUAAGAGCUUCGCUGACCCCUCUGUGUUCAGGAAACACAGAAGAAACCACCAAGGACAUAGGCCAUACGCUUGUGACAAAUGCGGAAAAACAUACACAGAGUUGAAGGACUUAAAAAACCAUGAGCGAUCCCACACAGGGGAAAAACCAUACCUGUGCUCUGACUGCGGCAAAGCUUUCUCCCGUUCCUCCUCCCUCGCCUGCCAUCAGCGCAUUCACUCCCAGAAUAAACCCUAUCAGUGUGAGCAGUGUGGCAAAGGCUUCACCCAGCUGUCCUCCUACCAGUCUCACCUCCGCACACACUCUGGGGAGAAGCCCUUUCUCUGCCCGCAGUGUGGAAAGAUGUUCUCUGACCCUUCCAGCUUCCGCCGCCACCAGCGAGCCCACCAGGGUUUCAAGCCCUACCCCUGUGAUAAAUGUUCCAAGAGAUUUAGACAGCCGGCUGAUUUGGCUGUGCAUGAGCGCGUUCACUCAGGAGAGAGGCCAUACAAAUGCCAGAGCUGUGACAAGGCCUUCGUAGCAUCAUGGGAUCUGCGGCGCCACAUGCUUGUCCACACUGGUCUCAGGCCGUUUUCUUGUACUGAGUGUGACAAGUCAUUUGCUGAGCGCUCCAGCCUCAACAAACACCGGCGAGUGCACUCUGGAGAAAGGCCAUUUAAAUGCGAGGAGUGUUUGAAGUCAUUUGUGGUGUCCUCAAGCCUGCGCAAACAUGUGAGGACUCACCUCGCCGAGCAGUCUGAGCAACAGCAACAACAGCAGCAGCAGCAACAACAACAGCAGCAGCAGCAGCAGCAGCAGCAGCAACAACAACAGGAGACAGACGUUUCAGCUUCAGGCUUCACUGCCCACACGACUCUGCCUCAGUUCUCCUGCACUCACUGUGAUGCCACGUUUGGAAGCUGGGAUGAGGUCCAGGCACAUGAAAAUCUUCACUCCAUUGACUCCACUCCUCUGAAUAUUACCAAAAUUGUUUCGCUGGCCUCGCACAUCUGCGAGACCUGCCAGGAGGAGUUCACAGAGUUGGCAGACUUGCAGGAGCACGAGAAACAGCAUCCCAAGCCGAGGCCUCAUGUCUGCAGCGACUGCAGCAAGGGCUUCCUCAACAAAUCUGGGCUGCGGAAACACCAGAAAAUCCACUCAGCUAGCAAACCACACCGCUGCCCCCACUGUGGCAAAGCAUUUCUCUUUGCUGCCUACCUCCGCAAGCACUUAAGGACUCACACAGAUGCUACACCAGCUUCUACACAACUCAGUGACAUGAACAUUAUUCAUACAGACCCGCUGCCCUCUCCUCCGCCCCCCAGCGAGGUUCCCUCCUCCACUGUGGAGCCAAGCACCAUAUCUUUGACAGUUCCAGUGACUGUACCUGUGACUGCUUUUCAGACCCUGCCAGAUUAUUUAGUCAAACAGGAAGAAGAAGAAGAAGAACUGUAA